AUGAUGGUGUAUUCCAGUGGUGCACUGGGCGGGCUGGAGGUGGUGGACGGCGGAUUGGUGGGCGGCGAACUGGCGGCGCAUGUGUUAAGCGCCCAAGCUGCCGCCCACGCCGCUGCGACUGCUCAUCAACAGCAACAACAAAUUGCUGUUCAGCAAAUAAAAACGUCUCCCUCAUCGGGUCGAUCUACCCCCGUGGCGACCACAGCGGGCACAACCUCUCCGUCGCCAAGCAAACUGUUUGUAGGGGGCCUCAGCUGGCAAACCAGUUCUGAGAAACUAAGGGAAUACUUUGCUAUGUUUGGAGCAGUUACCGAUGUGCUCAUUAUGAAGGACCCGGUCACUCAGCGCUCGCGCGGCUUUGGCUUCAUCACGUUUCAGGAAGCCUCAUCCGUGGACAAAGUCCUCGCCGUGCCUGUCCACACUCUGGACGGGAAACGCAUCGACCCCAAACACGCUACACCCAAAUCUGCCCCAAAACCUGCUAAGACCAAAAAGAUUUUCGUCGGUGGCGUCGGACAGGACACCUCAGCAGAAGAAGUGCGCGCCUAUUUCUCCCAAUUCGGCCUUGUAGAAGAUGCUGUGAUGUUAAUGGACCAGCAAACGAAACGUCAUCGCGGUUUCGGCUUCGUCACCUUCCAUUCCGAGGAAGCAGUCGAACGCGUUUGUGACAUACAUUUUCAUACAAUCAAGAAUAAAAAAGUUGAAUGUAAACGCGCUCAGCCAAAAGAAGCGGUGGCCGCAGCACCUCUAGCUCUAGGGAAGCGCUUGGUUCUCCGCCCUGGAAGGGGUUUGGUUUACGCGACCGGUGGGGUAGGGGCUGUCCCAACGGUUGGCACACACUAUAGGUAUGCCCCAUACGCACUACCGGCCGCCACGGCUACCACAGCCCUGGUAGCCCCGCCAGCCCCCCAACCUGCUCCGUUGCCCCAAUUCGGAACAGCCUAUUCCCUCGCCGGGGUAGACAUGUCCUCCUUCCAAGGCGUCGACUGGAGUGCCAUGUACGGAGUGCCCAUGUACAUA